AAAUAUGCUUUUAAAUUUUAUUUUAUUUUGUUUUUGUGGAACUUAGUAGAACCAUAAUCAAAAUACCAAAGCAAAUCUGAAUUCUCAUUUUUAAGAUUAUUCAAAUAAAUUUUAGUUUCCAUUCAAUAAAUCAAAGGCAUAAAGUUAUUUAGAAAUUUUAAACUAUUUUAAUUAUUGUAAAUAUUGAUAUGUGUACAUGAGCUUUCAAAAAUGUAUCAGCUACUACGCAUGUAACUUCAUAUUGAUCAUCCUUUAUUUUCUAAUAUUUUUUUAAAAAACAUCAACAUAUAAUUUGAUAAAUGUUAUGAAAAUACAUGCACAUUUGACUUAAUUAUAAUAAAAAAAUAAUUAUACUUCAUUUUUAAUUUGAAAGAAUAUAUGUAACUCAAUAUACUCAUAACAUGAAUGAUUCGACUAAUCCAACUUAUAUCUAAAAUCAUAAUUUUAACUACGAUAAGAUUAUAUAAUUUUAUAAGAAUAGUAAUUUAUUUUAUAAAUAUAAAUCAUAGGACAACUCAAAAAAUAUUAAAAAUGAAAACAAAACAUUAACCAACUGUUACAAUUUAGUUCUUUUUUAAAAUUUAUAUAUAUAAAUGAGACUUCAGAAUAUUAUCGUUUGGUUAUAUUAAUUUAUGUAAUUUGGAAUCAUACACUUUAGUUUAUUUUUUUAUUUCAUUCUAAGCAUAAUAUAUCUUAAGUUAUACAUAAUCUUCAUAAAAUAUAUUUACGUACACAUGUAAGAUAACAACCACCUAAAUGUAAAUAAAAAAUUAAUCAAAAUUUUAAUAUAUAGAAUAAAAAAUACUAUAGUUGAAUUCAUAUAUGCAAUCUAAUUUAUCCAAAAAAUAACAAAAUCGACUAAAAAACAACAAAAUCGAUUAGAUAUAACAUAUAGAAAAAUUAAAGUAAUGUAAUAUUAUUAAUUUAAAUGAUGUAUAUAAAUUAUAAAUUAUUUUAAUAUUAAAUGUAAAUAGUAAUAAAUUAUUAUAAUAUAUUUACUUUAGAAAUAUUUAUACCCGUGCAUGAGCACGGGAAAAUCACCUAGUAACAAUAUAAUAGGGAAAUCAAUUAUAGCAAUAUAAGUGAUAACCGACCAAUGAACCACAUAAAUUAAGCCCAAUCCAAGUUGACGAAAAAAUAAAAAUAACAAUCUAAUCCAAAUAAGUAAAAGGCUUGUUUCACAUCAAAUUAUCAGUUUAUUGAUUUCUCUUCUAUCAAAAAAUCAAAAGUAUACACGACAUGCAAGCAACUCAUUUGAAUUAUUAAAAUACUAAAGGUGUGCUUCCCACGUAAAACCAUCACAUUCAUUUUCAACCCCCAAUAUAUAAACUACUCGCAGACAUCUCUUGGCCAUAUCAAACAAAUUCAAACUCAAUAAACUGAGAAAGAUAUAAAAAGGCAAGAUAAUGAAGUCGGCCGUGGUCUCAGUCUUCAUCCUCGUGAUUCUCGUGGCCUGGCCAGUAUCGGCUGGCAAAGACUUACCGGGAGAGGGAGGAUACGGAGGCGACGAGGAAGAGGACACAAAGUCAUGGUUUCCUUUGGACAAUCUGUUAUCGUUGAGUUAUUAUGAUAAGAUUUGUCCAAAUUUUGAGAAAAUCGUUGAUACAAAAGUCAGGGAAUGGACAAAGACUGAUCCUUCCCUUGGUCCAGCCCUCCUCCGCCUUCUCUUCCACGAUUGCGGCGUCACGGGAUGUGAUGCAUCGAUUCUUCUAGACCACAAAGAAUCAGAGAGAAGAUCUCCAGCAAGCAAAACCCUAAGAGGCUUCGAGCUGAUCGAGGAUAUCAAGUCCGAGAUCGAGAAAUCCUGCCCCGGUCUAGUCUCAUGUGCCGACAUCCUAACCGCAGCUAGCCGCAGCGCAACCUACCAACUAGGUGGUCCUUACUGGCCCAACGCCUACGGACGUCGCGACUCCACCAACUCUUACGCUAGAGACGUCGAGAAAGUCCCUUCAGGCCGCCGUGACAUCACCGGCCUCCUCGAGACGUUUCAGUCGUACGGACUCAACAUUCUCGACCUUGUCGUCCUUUCCGGAGCCCACACCAUCGGAAAAGCUUACUGUGGAACCAUCCAGUCGAGGCUUUACAAUUUCAACGCGACCCAUGGAACUGAUCCGUCUAUUGACCCCAAAUACGCAGAUUUCUUGCGCCGCAAGUGUCGUUGGGCCUCAGAGACGGUUUACCUAGACGCCACGACUCCUGUGGUAUUCGAUAAUCAGUAUUACAUUAAUCUUCAGAAUAAUAUGGGAGUUUUGACGACUGAUGCGGAGCUUGUGAAGGACCCGAGGACCGCUCCGCUUGUAAAGGCUUUCGCGGAGCAGCCGCCUCAGAUGUUCAGACAUCAGUUUGCUGUGUCGAUGGCUAAGCUGGUCAAUGUUGGUGUCAUCACUGGUGAAGAUCGUACUGGAGAGAUCAGGAGAGUUUGCAGCAAAUCUAACUCUAAACGUUACUGAUUCUUUUUCAAAAAAAAAAAAAAAUCAAACGGUGCUGGGUUUUUAAAAGAAUCUUUCUUGACAAAUAAUUUCUUGUUUUGUUUCAAUUUAAAUUUUGUGAUACGUUGUCUGAACAACUAAAAUAUGUGAAUCUUGAUUUAUACUGAGAAUUAUUGUUAUGUUAAAAAGUUAUCUAA